UAUUUCCACCUUGCAGAACUUACUGAAGUUAUCCUGGCUGUGUUAAAACAUGAGCCAAAACUCCCACUAAUGCUCCCAGGGAGCAUUAGUCUGAGUGAUUCACAUAAACACUGAAAGAAGUCAGUCUUGGUUGAGCUUCCUAGUCAAGUUGGCUUUUAAGGGAGAUAAUCUUUCCAGAAGGAGGUCUGAAGAGAGGCAAGUUACAGGUGAUAAGAAAUGAGUAUGAUGAUGCACUGGUUGCUACUGCUCCUUCUCCUGGUCAGCUUUGGCUCACCUGCACCCAGGUUUUCGGACAAAGAUAUCUGCCUCCUGGACAACAAUAAAUUAAGACAAAGGUUAAAACAUCUUCAAGACUUGCUUUACUUAUAUGAAUUGCAGCUGAAGGACAUACUGGGGAACACUUACCACAGAACCAAAAGUGAACUGUUCUCGGGCAACAGGAGUGUGCAGCAUGAGACGCUUUUACCCACAACCAGUGGAAAUUUGAUAGUGUAUGACCAAGAUUGCUCUGCAGUGUAUAACAGGAAGAGCACCACAAGUGGCUACUACCGGAUCAGGCCCCGAGCAGACCGAGAGCCUUUCCUGGCAUUCUGUGACAUGUCUGGUGGCGGGGGCUGGACUGUGAUUCAGCGGCGGAGUAACGGCAAGGAGAAUUUUGACAGAAAAUGGGAUGAUUACAAACUGGGAUUUGGGAAAUUCCAGGGCAAGAAUGAUGAAUACUGGCUGGGCAACGAUCACAUCCAUGACCUGCUUGCUAGAGGAGAGAACUCAUUAAAGAUUGACCUGAUGGACUGGCAUGGGGAAAGACGUUCUGCAAUCUAUGAAAAUUUCCAGCUUGCAAAUGAGCAGGACAAUUACAGGUUAUGGUUUGGCACCUAUUCUGGCAAUGCUGGCGACGCUCUGUCUGGUGGGAGCAAUUUUGAAGAUCAGUGGUCAGCCUCUCACAGAGGGAUGCAGUUCACCACAUCUGAUAAGGAUCAUGAUCGAUUCCUGGCAGGCAACUGUGCAUCAGAGAACAAGGGUGGCUGGUGGUUUAACAGGUGCCAUGCUGUGAACCUCAAUGGGCAAUACUACAAAGGAGGGAGGUACAGUGGACCCCAUGAUGAUGGCUUGGUUUGGUCUACAUGGCAUGGGAUGUGGUACUCACUGAAAUACUCAGCCAUGAAAAUCAGGGCUCCGUUCUUCAUCGACAGCGAGAGUGGAGAUGGUGAGAACAGUCGGGGCAGCUGAAACCUGCUGCUUUGGAAAGAGAAAAAGAAUGGUGUAAGUUGAUAGCCAGGGCUCUGCUGCUGCCUAUUGCCAAACCUGCACUUGAUAGCUGGAGUUGCACCUGCUUCUGCUACCUGAAGCUAACAGAACAAGUUGUUUGAGCACAGCCAGACAACAAUUUAAUAAAAAACAUAUGGAUCUCAGUCACAGGAUAACCAGAGAUUUCUUUUUCAGCAGUUUUCAAGACUUUGUUGGAGAAUGUUUAUUGGAAGUUCUCUGGACUUGGAACUUCUCACACUUUGAAGGAUCAAGCAUGUCCUUUAAUCACUCUAUACUUUUCAAAAUCUUUCUCAUCUUUAUUUUAACCAUCAGUGUUCCAGUUAUGAGAACCUCAGAACAGAAAGAACAAGGGGAUGGAGAGCUGGACUUUAUCUGGUGUGCCUUGGUUAGUACUUUGUUCUGCAUCAGGAGAAUAUUUUAAAGCAACUUUCCCUAUGGUUCUAAUAGCCACACUUCAGUUGCAGAGUGCUCCUGGAGUGUGUGAAACCAAAUCUGUGGAUGGACAUGCUCCAACUGCUAAUGUGCAUCCAGACUAAGGCUGCUUCAAAGUAAACACCCACAAUGGACAGAGUGGGUUCCAUUCUAACAGCUUCCCACUGCACAUCCACUGCUAGAGUAUACCACAAGACAUAAAAGCAGACAAAGACAAUCCUGCCAACCAGAUUUAAGCCCCAGAUUAAAAUUAGCACACUUUACUAAAACUAAGGUGAGCACAGAUAUUCCUAGGAGUUCCUAAAAUACUGUCAAGAUUCAUUUGUACAUUCUCCUGUAAUGUACCAGAUGAUUUUACAUUAGUGAUGGGGAAUCAGGAAGUGGUUGAACUACAAGGCACACUGUUUUCAUUGUCUCACUGGGAUGAAAUGAAAGAGCAACACAAAUGACUGAAGAAUGGAAUACUAAAAAUUUAUUUUCUACAGCUGUUAACAACAACAGUUAAAAAUGAAGAGCAGUAUCAGUUUGAUGCAAAUCAUUUAAAUACCAUGAGGUAGAAUAAACCUGUUUCCUUCUUCUUCUGAUUUAUAAUAAUUUUAAACUGAUAUUUCUUUUCCAUUUACUUGCUUUUAUAUCCAUACAUAUUGUAAUUCGUAUGCAUAUCGAUAAAGAGUGAAGUAAAACCAUCUGAAUGGGACUUAAUACUUUUUCUCUGGUUUUCAAUAAUAGGAAUGUGAACAGAAAUCUGGAUCAAAAUCUUGGAAAGCUCAUAAUAUGAGAAAGGUAUUCUUUCAGUGUUGGCUCUGGUGCUUUUUUACCUGUUGUCUUGGGUGGUUGAAAGGUCUGCAAAGUAAGUUUAAUUUUCAUGGCUCAAGCUUUCCGGAGACAAUGCAGAGGGAUGAGUUGAAGGUUCAGUUUAAAACUUGACUGCAAACAUGAACAUCCCAGUGUAAUGGACAGCACUCCAGGGAGCUGUGCUCCUAAAGCCUGUGCCCUUGGCCAGACUGCCCCUCUGCCCUCUUCUCAAGCAUGCUCAUGUGGAAUGAAAUUUGCACCUGUUUGAAAUGAGAUUGCCCUUGUGAAGGAAGGGCUGCAAAAAGGCAACACUUACUCCUUCCCUUCUGAUCACUGCUUCUGUAUUUUGAUAUGGUAAAAUCUUAGUACAAAGUUUUAACUGCGUGUUGGGACAUAAGGAAUGACUUUGAAUACAUUGUAACUGUUUGAAUGCUGAUGCAGUGCUGAAGGCAGAAAGGACAAUUUUUGUCUAUAUGGAAGACACAGACAAAUGUGAGUGAAAUAAGUUCAUGCCUUCUGGCAGGUGAUGCUCAAUCCUAUUCUUCAGUAGAGAGCUAAGGAAGUAGGGUAAAGACCAUGGAAACUACAGCACUUAGAGGACAGCAUUUGUGGUCUGGCAGUUCAUUAAGCAGCUGGUAAUCCAUCUGAUAAUGGCAUAUCAAACUAGAAAUGAAGUCAGCAGGGCUUAAUCAGACAACCAGCACUCAGUGCAGUUCCCCAGCAAGAGAGCAA